GUACGUCUGUGAGUUCACAGAGCAGCUGAGUUUAUCGUCUGUGAGUUGAUAUGUUGACCCUGCGGUUCGGACAGCAUCUGAUCAAGUCGUCCGCCGUGUUCCUGCAGACGGAACUGACCUUUGCGCUGGUCAACCGGAAGCCCGUGGUGCCCGGACAUGUGCUGGUGUGCCCGCUGAGGCCGGUGGAGCGUUUUCGCGAUCUGCGGCCGGAGGAAGUGGCUGAUUUGUUCAGCACCACUCAGGUCGUGGCGAACCUGGUGGAGAAACACUUCAGCGCCACGUCGCUGACCAUCGCCGUGCAGGACGGUCCGGAGGCCGGGCAGACCGUGAAGCACGUCCACGUGCACGUGCUGCCCCGGAGGAAGGGCGACUUUGAUCGGAACGACAGCGUCUAUGACGAACUGCAGAAACACGACCAGGAGACUGAGGAUGAUCCCCCCAAGUGGAGGUCAGAGGAGGAGAUGGAGACAGAGGCUUCAGAGCUGAGGAGGCUCCUGCAGACUCCACAGAGCUGAGGAGGCUCCUCACUGAGCUGUGGAGGCUCCUGCAGACUCCACAGUGGAUCAUAAUUCGCUAACAUUACCUCAUAGUCAUUUCGUAUUAUUUCAAGGCCUUUAUUUAUUGAAUUCCCAAAAAUUAGAUAGAAAAAAAACACCAAAACAACUUAACUUGACUUAAGUUUUUAUUAUUCUGACUUCAUCACCUUCCAUAGUCCUAGUACUGUGCAUUUAUUUUGAUAGUUACACAGUAAAUGUAUUUAAAUUGUAUGGUUUUCAGUGCUGGCUUCAAAAAUUCAAUAAAAAAAAGAAAAGUAAUUGAUUAUUA